GUGCAAUGUUAGGCCAGUCACGGACAGUGGUUCUUUGUUUGCUGGCGGUUCUUCCGCUUUUAGCAGCACAAGGACAGAAAGCACGUAUCGUUUGCUACUUCAGCAAUUGGGCAAUCUAUCGGCCCGAUGUCGGCCGGUACACGAUCGAUGACAUCCCGGCGGAGAUGUGCACCCACAUCAUCUACUCGUUCAUCGGGGUGGACGACAGCAACUACCAGGUGCUGGUGAUCGAUCCCGAGGUCGACCUGGAGCAGAGCGGGUUCCGCAACUUUACCGAGCUGCGCCAGCGGUACCCACACGCCAAGUACCAGAUAGCGGUCGGCGGUUGGGCAGAGGGUGGCAAAAAGUACUCCCAGAUGGUGGCGGUCAGGGAGCGGCGCCAAUCGUUCAUCUCAAGCGUCGUCCAGUUCAUGAAGGUGUACGGGUUCGAUGGGUUCGAUCUGGACUGGGAGUACCCGGGGGCGGCCGAUCGGGGCGGCAGCUUCGGCGAUAAGGAUAAGUUUUUCUACUUCGUCGAGGAGCUGCGCCGGGCGUUCGAUCGGGAGGGCCGCGGAUGGGAAAUUACGAUGGCGGUCCCGGUGGCCAACUUUCGCCUGCAGGAGGGCUACCACGUGCCGGAGCUGUGCGAAAAUCUGGAUGCCAUCCACUGCAUGACGUACGAUCUGCGGGGUAAUUGGGCCGGGUUUGCCGAUGUGCACAGUCCGCUGUACAAGCGGCCGCACGAUCAGUGGGCCUACGAGAAGCUGAAUGUGAACGAUGGUGUCCAGCUGUGGGUGAAUUAUGGCUGUCCGCCCAACAAGUUGGUCAUUGGAGUGCCAUUCUACGGACGGACUUUCACGCUCAGUGCCAGUACGACCAACCCGACGCUUGGGUCGUACAUCAACAAGGAGGCGGGCGGUGGCGAUCCGGGACCGUACACGAAUGCAACCGGAUUCUUGGCGUACUAUGAGAUCUGCACCGAGGUGCAGGACGAGGAAAAGGGCUGGACGAAGAAGUGGGACGAGGUGGGCCUCUGUCCGUACACCUACAAGGGCACCCAGUUCGUCGGUUACGAGGACGAACGGUCGCUCCAGCACAAGAUGGACUGGAUCAAGCAGAAGGGGUACGCCGGCGCCAUGACCUGGGCGAUCGAUAUGGACGAUUUCCACGGUCUUUGCGGGCCGGAAAAUGCGCUGAUGAAGGUGCUGUACGAUGGUAUGAAGGAUUACGUCGUGCCCGAACCGACCGUAACAACCACACCAAGGCCGGAAUGGAAUCGACCACCAUCCACAAUGUCCUCGGAUGGGGAGCAAACAACGGCCACACGUCCUGCCACUACCACCACUACCUACAAACCAAGACCGACGACAACGGUUGCCCCAACGACAAGGACUACUACCGCCCGGCGAACCACGACGACCCGCAAGCCCACCACAAUUCUGCCCCCGGACACCGAUUCGGAGGAGGAGGACCGGGAGCCCGCCAUGCCGCCAGCCGCACCCGAGCGCGAGGAUGAGUCGGAGAUCGAUUGUUCCGGCUACAAGGACUUUGUGCCGUCGGUCGACUGUACCAAGUACUAUCGCUGUGUCCACGGCCAGCCGGUCGAGUUUGUGUGCAAACCGGGCACCGUCUUCCACACGGCGCUGAACGUUUGCGACUGGCCGGAAAAUGCGGACCGUCCGGAAUGUCGCACCAAAGCGAAACUGAUCGAAAGCCCGACCGCGUACGAUUAUGCGGCGCUGUUGCCGUGGUUUUAUUUGCCCCGCGGACACGGUACGACACCUUCACUAGCACCGGGCGUGAUUCAGUCGUCGCGCAGUGCUUCAGGUGAUCACACACUCGCUCUCUCACACACAAUGGCAGCUGGCCGAGAAAGAAGCGUCCUUUGGACGAUCACCGUCGGUUUGCUGCUGCUCCAGCGGCAGUGCCACAGCCGGCUGAUCUGCCACUACACGACCUGGUCGCAGGGCCGGGCCAACCCGUACUCCUACCGGAUCGAGGACGUCCCGGGCGAUCUGUGCACGCACGUGGUGUACAACUUUGUCGGCGUGGACAGCGAGGAGUACGAGCUGGCGAUGCUGCAGCGCGAGAUCGACAUCGUGCAGAAUGGGUUCGGGCGGUUCAUCGAUCUGAAGCAGCGCUUCCCCGACCUGAAGAUGUACGUGGCGGUCGGGGGCUGGGAUCAUGGCGGGGCACCGUUCAGCCGGAUGGCGGCGUUUCGCAAUCGGCGCAAGAAGUUCAUCGAAAGCGUGGUCAAGUUUAUGGGCCGGUAUGAGUUUGACGGCAUUGAGCUGGUGUGGCUGUACCCGGGCAGUGUGGAGCGGGGCGGCACCAACAAAGAUAAGGACAACUUUGUCUAUCUGGUGGAGGAGCUGAAGACGGCGUUCCUGAGGGCGCGACAGCCGUGGGAGGUGGCGAUCCAGGUGCCGGCCGACCAUACCCGGUUUGAAGUGGGCUACGAUCAGAGUUUGCUGUGCGAGAGUGCUGACUUUGUGCACAUUGCCGGGUACGAUCUGCGCGGCUCGUGGGCCGGCUUUGCCGAUGUGCACAGCCCGAUGGCGGAUCGCCCGCACGAUCAGGGCAUCUACAAGGGGCUGAACGUGCAGGCGGGCGUUGAGUCGUGGCUCGCGAGCGGAUGCGCCCCGGAACGGGUCGUGCUGGGGGUACCGUUCCUCGGGCGCACGUACACGCUGCGCAACAGCCAGCAGAACGGUCUCGGUGCGGUGACGACCGGCCCUGGUCCGAAGGGUCAGCAUACGUAUAGUGCGGGCUAUCUGGGGUACUUCGAGAUCUGCCAGAAGCUGAAGGCUGAACGUAACUGGCGCACGGUUUGGGACGCGAUCGGGCAGUGCCCGUACGCGUACCGGGGCAACCAGUGGAUCGGGUACGAGAACGAGGAGUCGCUGAAGGAGAAGGUCGAGUUUGUGAAGAGCAAAGAGCUGGCCGGCGUCUAUGCGUUCUCGCUCGAUCUGGACGACUAUCGGGGCAAGUGCGGCGGUGAACCGUACCCGUUGAUGCGGACGCUGGCGGGUUUGCUGAAGAAGGAGCACCAAAGCAUAAUCGGGUUCGCGUUCGAGCGGGGCGAUGAUAAGUGAAGCGGGAGAGAGUGAGAGCGAGAGAUUACAUUUAAGUUAGUAACGUUAAAGAAAAGUAGGUGUUCCUAACAGCUGCACGGUAUUCUAAUAAAUGCUUAUUUAUCUCUUUUAA